AUGAAGGAUAUUCUGUCGAGUUCGAAUAGUGAUGAAGUUGAUGUAAUGAUGAGUAGAAAUUGCCGUGAUAUUGAAGAUGAUACUAUUGAGACUGAUUCUAGAGUGCAACAAGAUGAUAUGAAUGUGGAAGAUUGUGUGAAUGUGGAAGAUGGAGUGGGUGUAGGAGAUGGAAUUAAUAAUAUUUCCAGUUCAAGUAGUGGUGUUUUUGAGCCAUUCGUUGGGAAGGAGUUUGAUGAGGUAGAAGACGCCCAAGCAUUUUACAAGGCGUAUGCAAGACGAACGGGUUUUGCAACGAGGACCAACCAUACUCGAUUAUCAAAAGAGGACAGAAAACUAAUUCUAGUAGAGUAUGUUUGCUCAAGGGAAGGAUUUCGGCGUGAAAGUCAGAAACAAAUUGAACGAAAAAUUCCUGAACCUGCUGAAACAAAAAUUGGGUGUAAAGCAACGAUGUGUAUAAAAAAGGAUUGUGAAAAGUGGACAGUAUGCAAGUUUGUCCGUGAACACAACCAUGAGCUACUUACACCGAGAAGCACGAGUUUGCUUCGUGGACAUAGAGGCGUAACACGUGUCCAAAAAAAACUCAUUCUCACUUUAAAUGAGUCCGGUGUACCGACAAGGAAGAUAAUGUCGGUGUUGAGCAAAGAAUCAGGUGGUGAUUUUAACAUUGGAUGUAUUGGUAAGGACGUCGAGAAUUAUUUGGGAAAUAAAAGAAGGAAAUUAUUUGAAGAGGGAGAUGCACAAAGGUUGUAUGCCUACUUUCUUGAUAGGCAGUGUAAAGAACCUGGGUUUGUGUAUUCCAUGCAAGUUGAUGAGAAUGGGUGUAUGGGAAGUUGCUUUUGGGCAGAUGCAAGAUCAAGAGCUGCGUAUCAAUAUUUUGGGGAUGUUGUCACUUUUGAUGCGACAUAUUUGACAAAUAUUUAUAAGAUGCCGUUUGUCCCAUUUUCAGGAGUUAAUCAUCAUCACCAAACAAUCAUGUUCGGUUGUGCAUUGUUAGUUAAUGAAACAGCUGAAUCAUAUAUUUGGCUACUGAGAACAUGGCAAGAGGCUAUGCUUGGGCGUGCCCCUUCAACCAUAAUUACUGAUGAUGACAAGGCGAUGGCGAAGGCCAUUGGUGUGGUACUCCCAAAUACAACUCAUAGGUUGUGCCUAUGGCAUAUUUUGCAAAAAUUUCCAGAACAUUUGGCACAUGUGUAUAACAAGUUUCCGGACUUUCAAAAAGAUUUCCGUCAUUGUAUCCAUGAGACAAUUACGACUGAUGAGUUUGAGCAAUAA